AUACGAAUCUUCCCGCCACUCACGUUUAUGGUUAAAGUCUGCACUAAGCCUGCUGAAUUGAAAAAUAAGAAAGAUGAGGUGUUGAAAAUAGCUCAAGGAACUGCAAUUUUGCUGCCAAUUCAUGCGAUUUUAAAUGAUUCUGCAUUAUACACUCAACCUGGAAAUUUCAUUCCUGAACGAUUUCUACAUGGAAAUUUAAAGAGAUGCAAGGAUAAGGGACUUUACUUAGCAUUUAGUAAUGGACCGAGGUCGUGUUUGGGUAUGAACUUUUCAUUGAUUCAAAUAAAAGCAGCUCUGGUGGAAAUUAUUCGCAACUUUGAAGUCAUAAUUAAUCCGAAGACGCGAAGUAACAAUGAAUACAAUCCCAUUCAUUUGCAGUCACAACUAGAAGGUGACAUUUGGCUGGAGUUUAAAACAAUUAAAUAAAAAGUUUAGUU